CCUUGAGGACCAGCAGUGCCCACCCUGAUCUAGUUAUUAGUUAUACAUGUUCUGAAAUCUUAAUUCUUAACUUGACUUAUUGGAUUACUGGAGCGGAAAAAUGAUCUCAGCUUCUCAAAUGGAUAUGUCAACUCCAAGAAGCACAAAGAUUCUUGAAAUUUCUCUAUGAAGGAGCCAGUAGAGUUGAGUAAAAUCCCUGUUUCAGAGAAACAUUUUCCUCAUACUCUGAUUAAUUCUGCUACAAAGUUCUGAUCACAGCAAUGUGAAAUGCGACCAUUGUCUAUGGUUGACUCAAGAGAAGGUCCAGACAAGUGAAAAGCUGGGGGAAGGGAACCAAUCCGCCUGACUGUCUGGAUAACUGUUCAGAUCCUCAUUUUUAGACGGUUGUUCGCUUGAAGCAGCAGCUUCAAAGAAGAAGGCUGAUGUCACUGAUGUUACUCUGUUGGCUCCAAAUGUCAAAGUAGAGAUUCAACAAAUGGUCUACAUUUUAUGAUUUACGGGAUUUGUCUAAAUGAGACGUGGACUGCUUUUAAAUGUCACAACUUUAAGAAAACUUUUAAAAGAUAGAAGUCAGAUGGCUCCACUGAGAGCAUCUAUGAGCCAGCGAACAGCCAGACAAACAAGGACGACUCGCCCAGGUGUCAGUGCAGUUCUGGGCAUCUACGAUGCAAACCCGAGUGGGGCGGCUCAGACCCGCCCAUCAGCUCUGACAAACAUCAGACAAGGACCAAACCUAAAGAGGAAAGCAGAAGAUCAUGUAAGCCAAUGGAGGAUGAAACCUUUGCUUGCAGUGAGAGCAGCGCGUUAACAAGACAAGUCGGAAUCAGGGAGCCGGCCUCAGAAAGAACGAGGACAGAUCCACCAGCUCAGCCUGGUGACUCUGCUGAAGCUACAGGACGACUGAAAAAGCUUCAAAAACUGGUUCACAUAAAGAAUGGCCAUCAGACUGAUGGCGUUAAAGACUCAUGCACAGCCAAGAAACGUGAUUGCUUGGCAGAAGGGGUGAGACACAACAGCACAGUUCUAACCUGUAUCAGCUUUUCGAGAAGGACGGAGAAGAGCUCCUCUAGAGCCGCUGCAGCGUCACACUCGCUUCAGCCGCAUCAGAACGCCCAGAGUCUCCAUGGAGACCCGACCGAAGGAGGGUUCUGGAGCCCAAAGACGGGGCGACGCAGGCAGAAGAUGUUUGAGUGUCCGCACGCUCGCCACCAGACUCCUCGGGAACUGUGCGCCCACGACGGCAACGUUGCGACCCCGCCCUGGAGCUCGGAGUGGAAUCGGUUUGAGAGUCUGAUCCGGGAGCUGGACCGGAAACAGUCGGAUCUGUCCCUGUCACGGAUGAUCCGGUCCCUCACAGAUCUGCAGCUGUCACAAAGCAAUGGAAACCAGGAGACCACGGAGCUGAAGCUGCAGGGGAGGGAGACGGAGACAGGAAGCGAUUCAAAGGACAUCGACGCCUCUCCAGAGAAAACCCGGGCAGCUCUUGUUAGCAGAGACGUGCAGAACGAUGAGGCAGCGAAGAGCGAGGCCAGCCAAAGAGAGUCGUGUGCUAACGGAUGUAGACGGUCCAGAAACUCCCUGGAAAGCCUCUACAGCCUGAAGAGUGGACAGAGCUCCUCCAGUGGCGUCACCAGUGGGUCAAACUGCUCCAGUAACAGAGAGAGUCUGAAGCUGGAGGACGAUCUGACCUUCCCCAGGCAGUUCUGCUGCCGAGCGAGAGUUCAUACGGAGUUUGUUCCAAGUCCGUACGACACGGAGUCGCUCACACUCAAGGUGGGAGAUGUGAUUGAUGUCAUCGCCAAGCCCCCCAUGGGAACAUGGACCGGCUCGCUGAACGGUCGAACGGGAAACUUCAAGUUCAUCUACGUGGACGUGCUCACACACUCUUCUAGCACGGCCCUGCAUGAAGUGAGCCAGAAACCAACAGUGCAGGAGGCGUUGAGGCGCCUCGGUUUAGAGGAAUACACCUUGUCCCUGCAGCGCGCCGGUAGCCAAACAGUAGAUGACCUGAUGAAGCUGAGGGAGAGCGACCUGAUGGAGCUGAACGUGACUCAGCCGGAGCUCAGAGAACGUCUGCUGACCGCCGGUAACUCCCUGCAGCUACUGCACUCCGACAGCCUGGCGGAGGAUGAAUCCAGUCCGGAACCGGAGCGGUCCAGUGAAGACGUGAAGAGCCGUCCCAGAGACUCGGGCUGCGUCAUGACGGAAGACACAUAGCCUCAUUUUCUCUCUGAAUACGCUGCACAGCCGGACAUAAACGUGCUGUGAAGGGGAAUCGCUUCCUUUUGCUGAUGUUCAAGUUCUCACACACAAACUGGCACGUUUUUUUUUUUUUCUUUUCACACGAGUUUGUUCUGUAGCUCGAUUUGUUUUCUGAAAUAAAGAUUUGAUGAACACGUUU